AUACACCAUGAGCAAUCAAACACCACUGUCGGCGGAGUACCCACUAACACUACAAGCAAUUGAUUUCUUUGAAAAACUUAGAGAUGAAUUAUUAAACGGCCCUCACCACCAAUAUAUAAGACGGAAUAGAAUUUGUGUAGGAUGUUUUAAACUACAUGUCAGAGAAGCGAACAGAAAAAUGAGUAUGCCGUUGAACCCGUACGUAUUAAACAGGGCAAUGAUACCUGUUACGGCGUUUAUACACGCGGUAAUAAAUCAACCGAACGCAGAGAGAUCGGUGUGUGUAGAAGUGGGGGAGAUACUACAAGAUGUUAUUGCUCGACGGAUUAUUUCGGUUAAUCACUUAUUCGAAGAAUAAAAAAAAAAAAAAAACAAACAGGAAAAAAA